CGAAGGACUGUAUCAGAAAUGGCGCUUCUACAAUUACGAAUAUCCAUUGUGGAUAAAAAUGUUACGAAAACGAUGGGAUUUGACAUUUCGACGACCGUGUAUGAUGCCUGUCGAAUGAUCCGUGAGAAAGUCGAUGAGGCCAAUAUGGGCGAACCGAAAGAUUAUGGUCUCUUCCUAGCAGAUGAGGAUAUAAAAAAAGGGUUUUGGCUUGAGCCUGGAAGGGAUUUCGGGUACUACAUGUUAAAAAAAGAUGAACUCUUGGAAUAUAAGAGAAAGUUUAGAACACUGAAGGUAAGGAUGUUGGAUGGGACAGUAAAAACCAUGCUUGUGGAUGACAGCCAACCUGUAUCAAAACUCAUGGUUGUAAUAUGCACCAAACUAGGUAUAACAAAUUAUGAUGAAUACAGCUUAGUAUUUGAAACACCAGAAGAUGAACUUGAGAAUAAACCAAAUUAUGGGACGUUGACAUUGAAAAGGAAAAAGGAAGAAAAAGAAAGAGAUGCAAAAAUGGACCAACUGAGGAAGAAAAUUAAAACUGAUGAUGAAGUGAACUGGGUCGACAAUAGCCUGACAUUAAGACAGCAAGGUAUAGGCGAAGGUCAAACGGUUUUGUUAAGGAGGAAAUUCUUUUUCUCUGAUCAAAACAUCGAUUCUCGCGAUCCCGUGCAGCUGAACCUUCUUUACGUUCAAGCAAGAGAUGCUAUCAUCAAUUCUACUCAUCCGGUCACUCAACAGUUAGCUUGUGAAUUUGCAGGGAUACAGUGUCACAUUCAGUUCGGAAGCUAUAAUGAAUCAAAACAUAAGCCUCCAUUCCUUGAUCUGAAAGAAUUUUUGCCACAGUCAUACAUUAAAGUGAAAGGCAUUGAAAAGAAAAUCUUCCAAGAACAUGCCAAACAUAUCGGAUCAUCAGAACUAGAUGCUAAAGUUCUUUAUACAAAGAAUGCUAGGUCAUUACCAACCUAUGGGGUUACAUUUUUUCUUGUAAAGGAAAAGAUGAAAGGAAAAAACAAAUUGGUCCCACGUCUCCUUGGUGUUACAAAGGAUUCUGUCCUCCGAUUGGAUGAAUACACAAAAGAAAUUAUGAAAACAUAUCCGUUGACUACGGUUCGUAGGUGGUGUGCCUCUCCGAACACGUUCACACUCGACUUUGGGGAUUAUUCUGAUAACUAUUACUCAGUACAGACAACUGAGGGGGAGCAAAUCGUCCAGUUGAUCUCAGGAUAUAUAGAUAUCAUUUUGAAAAAGAAACAAGCUAAAGAUCAUUUUGGAAUAGAAGGCGAUGAGGGAUCUACUAUGGUCGAAGACAGUGUUUCUCCAUUAAAGGCUACAAUCCUUCAACAGCACGAGACGAGCCGUGUUUCAAAAGUCAACACGGAAUCCGUCGCAAAACCGGCAAUAAUGCGAGCGGCAGAUGGUGCUAAACCUUAUGGGAUAGGUCAUGUUGGUGGGGCUCAAUAUACAACUGUGGGCGGUCAGGUCAACUACGGCCACAGGGCUCCUCCGGUGCAACAACAACAAAUCACAAAUGUUUUGUCUGAACCACAACGUGCUUUACUCAGUACAAUUACUUUGGGACAACAAGUCAUUACCACUGUGGAACGGGAACUGCUCACACGAACAGAACUUCCUGAACUUGGAAAUGAUGCAGCUUCCUUGAAAUGGAAAGAAACUACUGUGGAUACAAACAAACAGAAUGUCAGCUCUCAAAUUGCUGCUAUGAAUGCAGCUACAGCCCAAGUUGUCACACUAACUUCAGGUUCAGCAGAUGAAGUUGACCAUACUGCAGUAGGUGCUGCAAUCACAACAAUUACAACUGGAUUGCCAGAAGUAUCUAGGGGAGUGAGAAUGAUAGCUGCGCUUGUUGACGACGCCAGUGGUGAUAAACUUCUUGAUGCAACCCGAAAACUCUGCUUUGCAUUUACAGAUUUGCUCAAGGCAGCCGAGCCUUCAACUAAAGAGCCCCGUCAGAGUUUGCUUAACGCUGCGUCUAAAGUCGGUGAAGCGUCUCACAAGGUUCUCAAUGAGAUUCAUGAAGAAGAUGAGACCAUUCGAGAUGCUCAGGAUACUUUAUUAGGACUUGGAAAAGCUGUUGCAAACAAAGCAGCUGCUUUGGUACUCCGCGGUAAAAGUGUCGCUUCGACUUUAGACCAACCAGAUCAAAACAGAGCGAUCGGAGUUGCUACUCAGUGUGCUCUAACAACGUCGCAACUUGUUGCUUGUGCUAAGGUGGUAGCACCGACCAUCCAGAGUCCACCGUGUCAGCAGCAGUUGGAGGCUGCCGUGAAAGAGGUUGCAAACGCCGUCGAAUCUUUGGUAACUGUAUGCAAUGAAUCGUGCACUGAUCAGAUUUUACUCAGCCAACUUGGUGAAGCUGCUUCAGAUGUUACAACCACACUCAACCAUCUUUUGAACCACAUAAAACAAGUAAGCGGUAAUAAAGAAAGGGAAACUGUAGAAAGUACAUCCGUUGAGAGAAUUUUAAUUACUUCUGAAAGAGUUCUCGAAGCGAGUGGAGAUCCAGGCGAGAUGGUGAAACAAGCUAGACUCUUGGGACAAGCCACAGCACAGUUGGUUCAAAGCAUUAAAGAAGAAGCUGAGAAUCAAGAAAGUGGAAGUUUACAUCGUAGGCUUCUUGCUGCAGCAAAACUUUUAGCAGAAGCUACUGCUCGCAUGGUUGAAGCUGCAAGAGCAUGUGCAUCCAAUCCCCACGAUAUUAAUAAUCAGAUGCAUCUGAAACGAACUGUAGAAGACCUCAGAGCAGCUACAACGACCGUUGCGACCCCAACUAUUAGAAAACGACUUAUUUCCAGUCUAGAGGUCGCAGCAAAACAAGCAGCAAGUGCUGCAAAUCAAUGCAUCUCUUCAAGCCGAGGAGCAGAAAAAUACAACACUAACAGACAGUCACAGAAUCAACUGGAACAUGAUUGUGUCAAUGUAUCUAACCACAUUCCUGGGUUAAUUCAAGGAGUUAAAAUUUCAGCGAAAAAUCCUGACAAUCCAUCAGCACAGCUUAAUCUUAUAACAGUCAGCCAGCAAUUUUUACAGCCCGCAAAUAAACUGGUAACAUCAGCAAGAUCCAUCCUUCCGACCGUCACUGACCCUUCAACUUCAUUACAACUCAGUAAUACGAGUAAAAAUCUUGGUGCUGCUGUGGCUGAGUUAAGAGCGUGUGCAUUGAGAGCCAAUGAUGCUUGCGGUUCUGCACUUGAAAUUCAAGCGGCGCAAGAUUCAAUUAAGAAAAUCCAGUAUGUUGUUCAGGAAUUGAUGUCGUCGCCAAACAAACAACGUCUUCUUCCCGGUGAAACGCCUGAAUCGGCUUGUCGAGAUUUGAACAACACAAGUAAAGCGGUUGCACGAAGUGUAUCAAACCUGGUGAAAGCAGCAACCCAAGGCGAAGAAAAUUACACAGCAAAUACAACUACAGAAACAGUCCACGCACUUUCCGACCUUGUGAAUUCCGUUCGAGCGGUCAGCGCUACAAUGCCAUCUUCAAACGUCCAACAACAACUCUUCGAGCAUACUGAAGAAGUUGUUUUGUGCUCAUAUCUUGUAGUUCAAGAAGCUCAAAAAACAUUGCAAGAGCCUAAAAAUGCAGAUAAUUUACAACUUGCGGCCAAAAGAGUUACAAACGCUUUGGGAGAGUGCAUCAACUGUCUUCCUGGUCACAAAGAUGUGGACCAAGCCAUAUCUAACAUCGAAUCAAGGCAAAUGCAAAUCGAAAGAGGAGAAUUCCCAAGGACAAACAAAUCAUUUUCUGAACUUCAACAACAAAUUGAUGUCAAAGCUGAGAAAGUCAAUGUCGCUAGUAGCAACGUAGUUUCAGCAGUUUGUUCUCCUGUAAAAUUAGCAACAUCUGCUCAUGAGUUGGAUUCGGCAGUAUCAGAGUUAACACAUGUAGGAUUGGAAAUGGCUGGUCAAACAAAAGAAGUAGAUGUAAAACACAACCUUGUCGUUUCACUGAAAAAUAUCACUAUAGUGUCUUCCAAGCUUUUAAUGACUGCCAAAACAGUCUCAGCAGAUCCAAAUUCACCAAAUGCACACAACCGCCUCACUUCUGCUGCUAGAGGUGUUACGGAGUGCAUUAACAGAUUGGUGGAUGUUUGCACUUCAGCCACUCCAGGACAAAAGGAUUGCGACAAUACGAUAAGAAGUAUAGAAAGUAUGCGUCCUCUGCUCGAUCAGAUCGUCCACCCUGUUAACAAUCAAAGCUAUUUUGAAUCGUUAGAUAUGGUUACGGAAAGCAGCAAAGCUCUUGGAAAUGCGAUGACUGGAACUGCAAACCAUGCGAGGGACUCGCAAUACACUCAUUUCGGAGAGUCGGUGAAAGAUGUCGGAAACUCUGUCUGCAAUCUUGUCGAAGCCGCUGCUCAAGCAGCGUAUUUAAUCGCCGUCUCUCAGCCAGGAAGCAAGGCUGGAACUAUUGGACUUGUAGAUCAGGCCUUGUUUUCUAGAGCUUUGACGGAUAUCAGCGCUGCUUGUGCCACACUUUGCAAUAACAAAUCAGGAAGAAAUGAGAUAAUGGCUGCAACAACUGAGAUAGCCAAACACACAAGUGCUUUAUGCCAUGCUUGUCGCGUUGCAUCUUGCAAUGCAACAAAUGCUCUUGCUAAAAAAUUGUUUGUCCAAAGUGCCAAAGAUGUCGCCAACUCAACUGGAAACCUUGUUAAAGAAAUUAAAGCUUUAGAUAUAAAUAUGGCAUCAGAUAAUAAAGUUGACAACAGGAAAGCUUGUGCUGCUGCUACAAAACCAGUUCUCGAAGCCGUUGAAUCACUUGUGGCUUAUGCCUCUUCGCCUGAAUUUGCUGGCGAACCAGCAGUUAUAACUCCGUCGGCACGUGCUGCCCAAUUGCCUGUUGUUAACGCAGGAAAAGAUAUUAUUCAGGCAUCUUGUGACAUGGUCAGGGCGGCACGAUCACUUGUUAUCACGCCUAAAGAUCCUCCGACUUGGAAAUUACUUGCAACCCACAGUAAAAGUGUUUCUGACUCUAUUAAAAAACUUGCAAGCUCGAUAAGGGAUAAAGCUCCAGGUCAAGAACAGUGUGAUAUCGCUAUACAGAAACUGACGGAGCAGAUUAGAGAGUUAGACCAAGUUUCCUUAAUGGCAGUUUCAUCUGGCUUAGAACCCAGCAAGGGUGCUUAUAGCCGUAGUUAUAUUAGCGUUGUACAAAAUUCACUUGCUGAAAUGCUAGAAUGUGUGGAUCCUUUAAGAAUGGCUGCUAAGGAAGAAGCAGAAAACAUUGGACAUAAUGUGAACAACCUGGUAGCCUAUGUUGAACCGUUGGUGUCAAAAUCGAUAGCUAUAGCGUCAAACAUGGCCCACAGCAAACAGCAGAUGCAUUUGCUAGAUCAAGUCAAAUCUGUAGCAGAGGCCACAUUGCAAUUAGUCAUUGUCACCAAAGAAAGCGGAGGAGACCCAAAGAAAAAACAUCCAGAACUUGAUGAAAUUUCCGAAGGCUGCAAAGAAACAAUGAUGGAAUUGUCAGAUACAUUGGAAAAAUUUGCAACACAGGAAGAUUUAACCUCGAGUGUUAUCGACUCAAUAACGAGAGCAAUGUCUCGUCUUAAUGACACCACUGCAUCACACCAUAGAUCCUCGCUAGUCUUUGAAAGCGGUGACAGCUAUGUUGAUUAUCAAACAAGAAUGGUGAACGAAGCAAAAGAAAUUGCUCGUAUCGCUCAAGAAAUGGUUAUUAAGCGUCAGGGUGGAAAAUUGUCUUCCGAUAUAUCUCAACACUACAAUAAACUCGCUUCCGAUACUGCAGGUGCAAGAAUCACUUCAAAUAAUAUAGAAGUAGCUUCAAGGAUCACAACAGGAGUCCUUCAAUUAGGAACCGCAAUUAGCAGUUUUGUAACGGCUGCUGCAAACUGUCACAGUCGAGAUGACAUAUCUGUGAGGAAUCUUACAGAAUCUGGAAGAGAUGUGUCUGAGAAGGUGGCUCAGGUAUUGUCAGCAUUGCAAGCUGGUUCAAGAGGAACACAAGCCUGUAUCAAUGCCGCAAGCACUGUCAGCGGUAUUAUCGGAGAUCUCGACACUACGAUUAUGUUUGCCACAGCAGGCACGCUGAAUGCGGAAAGCGAAGAAGACACAUUUGCGGACCACCGAGAGAACAUUCUUAAAACGGCCAAGGCUUUGGUUGAAGACACGAAAACUCUUGUCGCAGGUGCUGCAUCAUCUCAAGAACAGUUGGCGGUCGCUGCACAAAAUGCCGUCUCCACUAUUAUUCAAUUGGCCGAGGUGGUUAAAUUUGGUGCCGCUUCUCUUGGCAGUAACAAUCCAGAAGCACAGGUAAUGCUGAUAAACGCGGUUAAAGAUGUAGCUUCUGCUCUCGGCGAUUUAAUUCAUGCUACGAAAGCAGCAUCGGGAAAAUCGAUUAAUGAUCCGUCAAUGACUCACCUAAAGGAUUCGGCCAAAGUAAUGGUGACAAAUGUUACUUCAUUGCUCAAAACCGUGAAGGCCGUUGAAGAUGAGCAUACAAGAGGAACAAGAGCUUUGGAAUCAACAAUUGAAGUUAUUUCUCAAGAGAUUAGGGCCCUCUACUCAACUGAGCAUAGCAAUAUUCCUGGCAGCCCAGAAAUGUUGGUAAGAUGCACCAAGCCCAUAACACUUGCAACAGCACGUGCAGUGGCAGCAGGAAAUAGUUGUAAACAGGAGGAUAUUAUCGUCGCAGCAAAUAUGGGUCGUAAAGCGAUUUCAGACAUGUUGACGGUCUGUAAGCGAGCUGCUCAAAGUGCUGAAACGAAUGACUUGAAGGAAAAAUGUCUGCAGAGUGGCCAGCAACUCGCCGAAGAAUAUAGAACAUUAUUAGAGUCUGUCCAGUCUGUAGUUAUGAAAUCAGGCUCGGAUAAAACUCAGCUGACAAUCAUUUCAAGAAGGAUCGCACAGUACGUUACAGAAUUAGUAUCCAUUGCUGAACAAUUGAAAGGUUCUGACUGGGCAGACCCAGACGAUCCCACAGUCAUAGCAGAAAAUGAGCUAUUAGGUGCUGCUGCUUCAAUCGACGCUGCUGCUAAAAAAUUAGCAAGUCUAAGGCCAAGAAAAUCAAUCAGCCAUGAAACUGAUGAUUCGUUGAAUUUUGAUGAGAUGAUACUAGAAGCGGCGAAAUCAAUAGCCGCUGCUACAUCAGCUCUGGUAAAAGCCGCAUCCUCAGCACAACGGGAAUUAAUCGAUGCUGGAAAGGUCAGUCGAAGACCUUUGACAAGUUCUGAUGAUGGUCAAUGGUCUGAAGGUUUGGUAUCGGCUGCCAGAUUUGUCGCAGCAGCUACUCACUCUCUGGUCGAUUCAGCGAACUGUUUGGUGCAAGGAAUCAGUUCCGAAGAAAAGCUUGUAUCUUCAGCUAAACAAGUAGCCUCAUGGACAGCACACCUUCUUGUCGCCUGUAAAGUCAAAGCCGAUCCAAACAGUGACACAACAAAACGCUUACAGAAUGCUGGUAAUGCGGUUAAGAGAGCGACGGAUAAUCUGGUUAAAGCUGCUCAACAAGCAAUUCAGCAAGAAGAAGAAAGGAGUUUGGUACUAAAUAAAAAAAUGGUCGGUGGAAUAGCACAAGAAAUUAAUGCGAGAUCUGAAGUGCUCCGGAUAGAAAGGGAACUCGAAGAAGCGAGAGGACGCCUCACAGCAAUACGACAGGCGAAAUACAAGAAAAAAGGUGGUGAUAGUGAUUCUGAAGUUUACGACACGAGGACAUAGAGAGAUCUUCUAGUUUUGGCCUCACAAACCAGUCAUCAACUGCCGGGAUUGAAGCUCUAUUUGUUCCAAAGUGUGACGGGGCACAUUUUUCAUGGUCGUAUUAGGUGGAAAAGAGAUCAAAACAAUUGUCGGUUUAUUUGUCUAAUUAAAAAAUUCAGUGCUGUUUUCGGUUUGUGGGUUUGGGGAUAAAAGAUUGUUUCAAACUGUUUAACAUGUCUAGUCAUUCAAAGUCAAUUUUAUGUAUACAGGGUUGAAGAUUAUUCUUCGCAGUCUAUCAAUUCUUCAAUGAACGCUACCCAUGGCUCUUAUGGCGGCAGUGGGCUAGAUUCUGUGGCAAAUUCUUCAAUGAACACAACCCACGGCUCUUAUUACGGUGGAAACGGGCUUGAUUCUGCACCAAACACACCGCAGACCCCUGAGAGGAUGUAUGUCAGUUCAACGGAGACCAAGUCUAAGGUGUACCAACCGAGUUUGUACAGCUCCUCUCGAGGUCAGGACUUUCCGCCUCCUCCACCGCCUCCUCUUGAAAUAACAUCAUUUUCAAAUGCAUUUGCCACUAACAAUUAUUCAAAUUCAUACCCUGACAUGGAGUACAUGAACGGAAGCUCUAUCCAACACAAAACGAUGAGAACUUUACAAUCUACUAUCACAUCAUCCAGGUCGUAUCGAGUCACAGAAAGUUGAUUUUGUCAAAGC